AUAUUUCUAAAUUUAAAAAAUAAAAUUUUAAAAAACACAGUAGAAUAUUCAAAUUAGAAAAAGAGGAAAGUAGACUGUGGUUCAUACCUCUUUUUUAUGAGAAUAAAACUUAAAAAACUCGGCCAAAAUCCUUGUCCCAUUUUCACUCACUGGAUUCCAAUACCACUUUUCUUCUCUUUUCUCUCCUCUCCCACUCUGAUCAGAUCAUUUCCCACUGUUUAUUUUCCUCCUUAAUUUCUAUACAGUUUUCAGUUUCUUCCUCAUGCUCUUCCGGUAACUGUACUUAACCUUUCCAGCUUUCCUAGCAACCAAUAAAAAAUAGAUUAAUUAAGAGCAACGAAUGGCAGCUGUAAAAUCUGGUACUUCUUCUCCAGCCAAAACUCAAGCAUGGUUUUGCACUACUGGUUUACCAAGCGAUGUUAUUGUACAAGUCGACGACAUGACCUUCCAUCUUCACAAGUUUCCAUUAAUGUCAAAGAGCAAGAAGCUUCAUGACCUCAUAAAAGAGCAAGAAACAAAAAAUAUCCAAAAAGUAAAACAAGUUCCAGAAAACGACAACGUUUAUGAAGUUAAUACGAACUCUGAAGAUGAUGAAGAAUUAGUUGAGCAACAACACUGCCACGUGUCUUAUGAUAAUUUUCCCGGCGGCUCUGAAACAUUUGAAACUGCUGCCAAAUUCUGUUACGGCGUUAAAAUCGAUUUAUCCGCCGGAAAAGUGGGCCCACUACGAUGUGCCGCCGAAGUUUUAGAAAUGACGGAGGAAUAUUGUGAAGAUAACCUCAUUUCCAAAACCGAAAGAUUCCUCACAAAUUCCGUCCUCAAAAACAUCAAAGAUUCCGUCAAAGCGUUAAAAUCAUGUGAGAAAUUAACGCCUUUGGCGGAAAACCUAGGUAUUGUUGAAAGAUGCAUUGACGCUAUUUCCUCUAAAGCGUCGCUUUACGAUCCGUCGUUAUUCGGGUGGCCGGUUAACGAUGUCUCAGGAGGAGACACUAGAAAGAAGAAUGUGUCGAAAAUGAAAGACGCAUGGGUUGAAGAUCUUGCUCUACUUAAUUGGCAGUUCUUCAACCGAGUCAUCACGGCGAUGCGAGAAAAAGACAUUAAUCCUGAGGUUAUUGAGAGCUGUUUGAUUUACUAUGCAAAACGAUGUUUUCCAGGAAUCAGUCGUUCCAACCGGAAGCCAUCAUCCUCAUCAUCAUCAAUGAUGGCUUCUGAGGCGGAACAGAGGCAGUUGUUGGAGACGAUUAUUUCGAAUCUACCACCAGAAAAAAGCUAUAAAUCGCAAUCAGCGACAAGAUUUCUCUUCGGAUUACUUCGUACUGCUAAUAUCCUCAAUGCUUCAAAUGAAUGUAAAUCGGCACUCGAGCAAAAAAUUGGAGUCCAACUCGAACAAGCAACGCUAGAUGAUUUGUUGAUUCCUAGUUACUCUUAUUUAACAGAAACUCUGUAUGAUGUUGAUUGUGUUGAAAGAAUUUUAAGCUACUUUUUGUCCUACUAUGAUGGUAGUGAAAUUGAAGAUGGUGAUGAUCAACCAGUAGAAAAUAUCAGAUCUCCGAUGAUAAUGGUUGUCGGAAAACUUAUCGACGGUUACCUUUCAGAAAUCGCUUCGGAUGCUAAUUUGAAGUCGGAAAAGUUCAUUAAAUUGGCAUUGUCUCUUCCUGAAAAAGCUCGGUUAUACGACGAUGGCGUUUAUAGAGCUGUUGAUGUCUAUCUCAAGGCGCAUCCAUGGCUAUCAGAAGCAGAAAGAGAGAGAAUAAGUGGAGUAAUGGAUUGUCAAAAGCUAACACUAGAAGCAUGUACACACGCCGCACAAAAUGAGCGACUGCCUCUAAGAGCCGUUGUACAAGUCCUCUUCUUUGAGCAGCUACAACUCCGUCAUGCAAUUGCCGGAACUCUCCUAACAGGCGACAUUGCGCCGAGUGAGUCGGCACCACCAUCGGUGAGUGAGGAGGAGGAGGUUCUAGAAAGAGUCAAUAACAACACCACAAACAACACAUGGAGAGAAGCAAUAAAGGAGAAUCAGGUACUGCGCUUAGAUAUGGAUAGUAUGAGAACAAGAGUUCAUGAGUUAGAAAGAGAAUGCUCUACUAUGAAGAGAGUAAUACAGAAGAUUGAUAAAGUAGGUGGAGGUAAUACUUGGAGAAACACGAUUACACGUAAAUUUGGAUGCAAGUUUAAGACUCAAGUUUGUGAUUCUAAUGAAUCAACGGUAGUGGAGUCCAGAAAUGGAAGAACUAAGAUCAAGCAACGAUGAUUUUUUUUUUUUUAAAUUUAAUUUACUAGAAUCUUAAUUUAGUGCAUUUGUGUUGAACUUUGAUUUUUCUUUAUGAGUGUUUUCGGAGAAACUGUUGUUAUAUAAUAUCAGAACAGUACAUUAUUAAUUUAAAACUUUCAUAGAAGUACUUCAAAUAUUGUUAGAUUUCGUACAAUUUGAAUUUUUUCAAAGUAUGUGUAUAGUUGGAAAAAAAAAAUAUUUUUUCCAUUCCUUUGAGUUUUUGAGUUUGUUAUUAAAUGUUAUAUUUUUUAGGAAUAUUAUCAAUGGUACCCAUGUACUAUAGCAAAAUAAUAAUGGUACCCCAGUGUAUUUCAAUGGUAUCCCCGAGUAUAUGCUAAUUACAACCGUGACACUAUUAAUGAUUUUUACGUUAAA